CGCACCGUGCCCUGGACGCUGCGGCCGCGAGGUCCAGCCACAUUCGCGGUUGCCAGCAACCCCUGAUCGGCCUUCUCUCGGGCGCCAGCUCCGGCAAUUCGGCGUGAAAGAAACCCAAAUCUCCGACGAUCUGAUCGAUGUCCGACGCAGAACCGUGCCUUCCCGAGGGAGGAAGAGAGACUGAAGCGCUGUUUCUUUCCUGGCUGAGGCGGCGUUCAGGGAAGCUCCGCGGGCGACAGGAAGAAGGGAGGAUGAGGAAGGAGGAGGACGGAGGAGAGGAGGAGGAGGAGGAGGAGGAGGAGCUCCUCGCUGGAGCGGACCUCGCCGCCGCGCCGCGGACGAAAGAGUGCACCCGAUGGCGCCCAGCUCGGGUGCGGAUGCGAGGGGCGGGCAGGCCGUUCGUCCGCUGGCCCUGGGUCGGGCAUGUCCUCCUACACAGGCGGAGUGUUGGGCGAGAAGUCGAAAGACACUCAAGACAAGACAACACAAAGGAGAGAGAGAGAGAGCGGGACAGAGAGAGAGAGAGAGAGAUGAGCCACAGCAGCGAAGCACAAGCCGAAGUGACGAGGGAGGCGGCCCGCCGUGGCUGCUCGCAGCACGCGGGGCGCGGCAGCGCGCCGUGAGCGCGAGGGGCUCGCGGCUCGAUCCGGGCCAGGCCAGGCGGCCUGCCCCAGACCCCCGACGCCAUGGCUGCUUCGUGGCGUCGGCCCCCAGAGGAGGAGGAGGACGAGGAGGAGGAGGAGGAGGAGAAGGAGGAGGGGGAGGAGAAGGAGGAGGGGGAGGAGGCGGAGGAGGGGGAGCAGGGGGA